AUGCACGGCAAGACUCUCCCUCCCUCUACCGUCAACCCCGCUGGACUUCAGUCCAUGAAGGACUUCCUCGACCACGGUGGCAUGAGCGCCAGUGUCGUUCGGCCUGUCCGACUCUCUGAGGAGUUAGACCGCCUGCGUGAUGAGAACGCGAGGCUCCGCUCAGCCGUAUCGACGCGAGAAGCCGAGCUCACCGCCCUGCGAGCGGCCGAACAGAAACGCAACGAACAAUUUCGCUUCGAAUUCAGGCCAUCGUCAGCUCGCAAGCUAAUUUCCGCCGUCGCUACCCCUUCCGGGGCACUCCAGUCCCCUUUCGUCUCGCCGCUGAAGUCCGUCACUCUCGGGGACUGCUCCCCGCUUGCGCCAAAGACGACGUCAGGCCCGGGGGUGCCUGGGUGUGCGAGGGCUGAUGCGCAGAUGCCCACGACUGGUGACACGUCCACCGCGCUUGCGUCUAGGGUCCCUUUGCUUAAAAAGGCUCGCAUCGCUACGACAGCGGAAGCAAUGCCCAUCCAGGGUACCGCGAGUGCUCCGCGGGUCGAGGCGCCACUGGGCGUACUGACAGCUCCACCCCCUCGUGCGUUGAUGAACGUGUCAGCGACGAAAAUUCCCUUCGGCUUGCCGGUCACAGGUAUCCCUAAACUCACGCGCACUGCACCGAUGCGUCCCAACUCGCCGAUCUCCGUCUCCUCGGGAUCAUCGGAGGCCCCGUCUUCGCGCGCGACAUCUCCUGGCUCAUCCGUACAUGCGCCGCCGCCGUUCGAGCGUCUGCUGGUUGUCCCUGGCUUCGGCCCCCGGUCUGCACGUUACCUUGUCAAAAUUGGCCAAACGAAGUUUGCCAAUAAUGCUGUGGAACUUGUAUCAAGGCAGUAUGCCUUGGUCCUCUGGCCGGCCGAGCUGCGGCGUUUGCUUGACAUCACCGAAGAGCAGGCUAGGGAGCUGGUGAUUGCGAUGAGGGCUGACAUUCUGGAACGAGGCUUGGUGCAGUGA